AGCUGCUUAUAAAAACGAAUCCAGCGAACAUCUUUCCUGAAGAGCGCUCUCUUUCAACAGACGGGCUCUCUGAAUUAUUCACGGCUCAAGAGCGUCUCAUUGUUGCUGCUGCGUUAUUCUUGACAUUUUUGGGGACUUUGGUUUGUGUUCAAGUCAUUCACGAGGAGCAUCGAUACAGAGUGGAAGCAGACAGAACGCGGAUUCUUUGACUGUCAUCGUUAUUCGCGCUGUUUUUGCACGGUUUACACUUGAAAUAAAGUGGACAUUGAGCUGUCAGGCACACUAGGCGAGAAGCCGGUUUUCCAGAAGACCUCUAUGAGUACAAAAAUGGAGCAGCCGUUUUAUCACGACGACUCGUUUCUGUUGGGCUACGGUCACCACGACGCGGCACUACACGACUAUAAACUCCAGAAACAGAGCAUGCACUUGAACCUGACCGAACCCUAUCGAAACCUCAAAUCGGACCUCUAUCAGACCAGCAAUGCUGAUGUCUGCUCGCUCAAACUGGCCUCGCCGGAGCUGGAGAGGCUCAUCAUCCAGACCAGCAACGGGGUGCUCACGACGCCCACACCGGGCCAGUAUCUCUACGGUCGGGGAAUCACUGACGAGCAGGAGGGCUUCGCGGAGGGCUUCGUCAAGGCUCUGGAUGAUCUUCACAAGAUGAACCAGAUGCCCCCGCUCAACGUGUCGAUUGGAGCCGGCGGUGUGACGACGUGCUCGACAACUGCGUCCGUUUUCGGCUCCUCCCUGCAGUCUGAGCCUCCCAUUUACACGACGCUCAACGCGUACUGCCCAGCACCCAGCCACCCGUCCACCACCAUCAACUACCUGCCGCCUCACAUACAGCAGAGCCAACACCCGGAAAACGCGCACGGGUUCCAGCACUCCGGCAUCCUCCCGCAGCGCUUCGUGCCUUUGAAAGAGGAGCCCCAGACCGUUCCCGACAUGCACAGCAGCGACGGCUCGCCACCCAUGUCCCCGAUCAACAUGGAGAGCCAGGAACGCAUCAAGGCGGAACGCAAGAAACUCCGGAACCGUCUGGCGGCCACCAAAUGCCGCAAGCGCAAGCUGGAACGCAUCGUCCGGCUGGAGGAUAAAGUGAAGGUUCUCAAGUCCGACAACGCCGGGCUGUCCAACACAGCCUCCGUCCUGCGGGACCAGGUGGCCCAACUCAAACAGAAGGUCCUGAGACACAUGAACAGCGGCUGUCAGCUGAUGUUGACAAGUAAGAUGGAAGCGUUUUAAACGCGGUUGGACUUUCACUAUAGCCAACGCAGAAAUAACACUGGAAAUCGCGUAUGUUCUACGACUGAACGGGACUGGGAACUCGCAGGCUCUCAGAUGAGGCGUUUUGGACACGUUCUGGGUUCCGAAUAAAACGAGCAAACCCGGAACCGGAGAGAACGGACUCUGAGCCCCCGGAGCCGGGUGCCAAGGACGAAGUGGAAAGGCCAGUCGCCGACUCCGUAUCAAUAAUGUGUGUGCAUUUUUAAAAUCAUGAUCAGCUGUGUAUUUGAUCAUGUAAACGCAUCUGAUAUUGUCGUGCAGCACAACAGUUCCUGAACUCAUAAAUUAUUGUACUAGUCAGGUUGAUCCUGACACUAUAUUAGCGAUGUCACAUGUUUACAAUGUCUUUUUUUUUUUAAUGUGUGCGCUGUUUAUUUAAGUAAAGAUAUUGAAAUAUAA